UUUGGAGGUUUCCUUUGCGCUGGUCCCAUCCACAAGCGGUUGAGAAGCAGGCACAAAGGUCUCUUCUUGGUGAUCCCCUUCAAUUGGUCGUUGUAUUAUUACUAUUAUUAUUAUCCCCCCUUUUAAUUUACACUCCAUGGGAAAAUUGAAAUACGGUUGGUAAGCGGUACGUUCCUAUUAAUCUAUUUGUUAUGGGAUGCGUAAAAGAGAACGACGUUUUCGAAACGUCAACGCGCCGCGCGGUGUUGCAUUGCACUUGCAGGAAUUUGAAAUGAAAGUUGAUACGUGCAUGAUUGCUACGCCACUGGUUAAUAUUAUGAAACACAUAACCUAGAAAUUUUGUAAGACAUGAAAAUCCGAUAAAAGUUUAACCUUAUCGAAAUGUGAAGUAAUAAGCAAUCUUUAAUAAAGUUACUUGCUUUAGACGAGGUGUUUAAAUGGCAACCAUAGCAAAAAAUCCGCCUUCACCAUUAAAAAAAUUCCAUUUCCUUCACGGUGUAAAGUACGAGCAUUUAGUUGCCGGUGUAGCGGGUGGGUUAGCAUCCACAUUAAUCUUACAUCCGUUAGAUUUAAUCAAAAUUCGUUUUGCUGUAAACGACGGUAGAAGCAGUUUACCUCAACAGUAUAAAGGCAUAACAAAUGCGUUUACAACAAUAUUCAGAGAAGGCGGUAUAACUGGUCUAUACCGUGGAGUUACUCCAAAUUUGUGGGGCGCUAGUACAUCGUGGGGUUUAUAUUUCCUCUUCUAUAAUGCGUUAAAAGUGCACACUCAAGGUGGAAAUGGAGAUAUACCGUUAGGAGCAACGGCACAUUUAGUAUCGGCUGCCGAAGCAGGCGUCUUAACAUUACUAAUUACAAAUCCGUUGUGGGUCGUCAAAACACGAUUAUGUUUGCAGUACGAUACAGCUCCUGUAAACUCAAAAAAUGUUGUUUACUCAGGAAUGAUCGAUGCUCUUAAACAAAUCUAUCGACAAGAAGGCAUACGUGGUUAUUAUAAAGGAUUAGGACCAGGUAUAUUUGGUGUAUCGCAUGGGGCUGUGCAGUUCAUGACGUAUGAAGAAAUGAAGAAUAAGUACAAUCAAUAUUACAAUUUACCAAUUACGAACAAGUUGGGUACAGUUGAAUAUUUACUAUUUGCUGCAAUUUCAAAAAUAAUCGCCGCAGCCAGUACAUAUCCAUACCAAGUUAUAAGAGCAAGACUACAAAAUCAACAUUAUCGAUAUGAAGGCUCUUGGCAUUGUGUACAACAAACUUGGAAGUAUGAAAGAUGGAGAGGAUUUUAUAAAGGGUUAGGAACAAACUUACUACGAGUGACACCUGCUACAAUGAUUACAUUUUUAACGUAUGAAAAUGUUUCACACUUCCUUCUAAAUAGAAAUGCGAAUACAUUGUAGAAAAAUUAGAAUAGGUAAUUUUUGUAAAUGUAACGUCAUAUGUAUACUUGAAUUGUUCCUUUUCAAUCACUGUUACUUGUUGAAACAUAAUUUCGCAUCUGUGAUUUGUUUAUGUGAAUAAUGUUAAAGACAUGCACCAAUUUUACCCCAAUGUCUUAUUUUUUUAAUAUUUUUAUUUCUAGUCGAAUAAAUUUUACUGAACAAUA